AUGAGAGGUCUACAAUUUUCGGCUCAACGUGGUCAAACCGUAGCACUUGUCGGACCAUCUGGCUCCGGAAAAUCUACCAUAAUUUCGAUGCUCGAGCGUUUUUAUGAUGCAACUAGUGGAUGUGUUCGAUUCGAUGGCAAAGAUGUCAAGACACUGUCGCUUAGUCAUUUACGGACCCAAAUGGCAUUAGUUGGACAAGAACCAAGGCUUUUCUCAGGCACUAUCAGGCAAAACAUUUGUCUCGGUCUAGGACCG